CGGUAGCUGUCGCGGCCGGCGCCUUUCGCUUGCUGUCCUCUCAGCCAACGGCUCUGAGCUGAGAGAGCCGGUGGCUGACAGGCGCUUGCACGGCUCAACGGAGUUCUGGCCAUAGGACCCGGAAGCUCUACACAAGGCGUAAGGCUUCUACGUGAGCGAUUAGCGUUAUACGUGCUGAACCGGGCAGUUGUCGUCGAAAGGACACCGGCCGUCGCCCCGUGGGUCAAGCUGGCGCUUGAUUGAGUGAAGGCUUUCUCUUCAGCCUUGCUGCCCGGCAGGCCCCCGAAAUCCUAUGUGAGUCGUGCACAUAUACGCAGCAGUGCAAGUACUACCUGAUUACGACAGUUUGCCUUACGGGACCUGGGUUAAGUGCUUGCGCGGCUUCAUUCCCUGUGCUCUCGGGAAGGCAGGUCGGGCGCCGGCGCGUCGACAUCCUCCUCACUGCUAGCAGGCAUAAUGCUGCAUAGAGGAGGUGGAUUCAACGAGGGGAGCGGUGGUGGUGGUGCCGCGGCCAGUGCGGCAAAUGGGUCUGGCUCUCUGGCGCGGCACUUACUCGCGCCGCUGGGCUGCAGCGGCAGUAACGGCGGCGGAGGCGGCGGGAUAGGUGGCUUUGGCGGCGUCAGCAGCAGCGGGCGGCACCAUCACACACUCCUGCCCCUGGACACGCAAGGAGCCGCGGGCUGCAAGGCGAAGCCGUCUCCCGCCAAGGUCCGGCGGCGGUGGGACACGGCGCACCGGGUCUGCAACGGCCUGCUUAUGGCGCUGGGGCUGUGGCUGGCAGUGAGCUCCUCAGCCACCAUGAUGGGACCCGCCGCCGCGCAUGGCCUGGUGCUGGGCGGCGGCCUGGUGGCGCUGGGCGGACUGGGCCUGGCCGCGUCCGGCCGCGACUGCCUGUCGCUGCGGUCGCUGCUGCUGCUGGGUCUGGGCGUGGCGGGGCUGUCCACCAUGGACCUCAUGCAGCAGGUGGGCCGAGACGUGGGCACGCACUGUGCGCUGGCGGAGGCGCACACGCGCAUCCGGCACCUGGAGGGGCGGCUGGAGGCGAUGCGGCAUGACGAACUCAUCACGCAGCUGUUCUUCCGGAUGAACGAGAUGGACGACAUGCUGGGUCUGAUGCAGCAGGCGGCGGUGGCCAGCACCACCGAGGCCGUGGAGAAGCACACGGCCGUGUUCCGCGCGGCGCAGGCUGACAAGGACUACCUGCGAGCCAAGGCGGCGUCGCUGCGGCGGCAUGCAGUGGCGGUGGCGGAGGCGCUGAGGGCGCGCGCGGCCGAGAGCAAGGCCAAUGGUACGCUCCAGGGCGGCGGCGACUCUGUGGCUGACUCGCUGUGGAGUGUGGAGCGGCGGCUGGAGGCGGUGGAGAGUGUGGUGCGCUACCUGGACUCGAAGGAGGCGGGAGGAGACCUCAGCUACGAGGAGUACGAGAUCAUAUUGGAGGCUCUGCUUGAGGGGUCCCAGGGCCACGCCACACACCACACCGCCGGCCAGCUGCAGCAGGAGAAAAGCGGUGGGCGGCCGGGGUGCGCGGGCCUGCACAGCGUCAAGGCGGUGUACGAGCGGCACGUGGCGGGCGCCUACGACCACGUGGCCCCGGCAGCGGGGUUGGGGGCCGGCGGUGCCACAUUUAUGGCGGCGGCGGGCGUGGCGGGCGCGCCGGGGGCAGGCGCGGGCGUGGCUGCAGGGGCCGCGUAUCCGCUGGGCGGCCGCAGCCCGGGCGGCGGCGCGGGUGCCUCGGCCGGCAUUGGCGCAGUGACCAAGGCGCAGGCGCGCAAGGAGUCGUCCAGGAGGCAUUUCGAGAACCGCUUCAUGGACAUAUUCAACCAGCACGGAGCCCACCACGCGGCAGCCUUCCGUUCCAGCCUGGGUGCGGCCAUGGAGUCGCUGCCGGAGCACUGCGUGCGUGACGUGGACGCGAGGCAGCGGCUGGGGGUGCUGGGCUGGGCGCUGCUGGCGACCCAGUUCGCAGCGGGCUACACAGCGCUCACGGCGUACACGCUUGUGGCAAAGAAAGACGACUAGGCAAGGAGGUGUGGUAGGGACGGAGGAAUCCAAGAGGUGUUGUUGUUGUGCGUUGGCGUGGGGGAUGGUUAUGCGAUUGGGUGGAACAGGUUGCGUGGCUCGGAUGUGGGUUCGCGCAGCAGCAGAAUCACAUCGGCAAAGGAUGCGUUUAUGGUCGUUGACUAGUAAGCCACAAGUCGCCCUGCAACUGCAGACGAAUUGGUUGUUGUCUGUAGCUCGCGCAAGCAUGGCUCUGAGAAAGGGCUGGCAAGGUCGGGAGGAGACAAGGCUGACCGCAGGGUUUCGUGCCGGGUACGUGAUCGCGUGCCAGUCAAAGCCCCAGCAUAUGGAUACACGACAGUAUUGAGGCCUUCAGUUACUCUGCGAUUA